AUGUCUACCUUCAAAGCAGAAGAAGCUGAAAAUUUGGAAGAUAUUGAGAAGCAAUUUGCCGUGGUUGCCGUGGAACAAGCGGAAACAUACUGGAACUUGAUCACCAAGGUCCCUGGUUCUAAGCUACGUCUAACUAAGUAUGAUGAUGAAAUCUACGAAGCUUUCCAAGAACACUUUCCAGAGUUCAAGGAUAUCGAAAAGUUGAAGAAGUUCAAUGAAGACGAAUUGAAGACAAAGGAAGCUAAAGACAGAUGGAGAAGGUUCAUAACCCUCUUUGAAAAGAAGAUCGACGAUUUCAACUUUGGUACUUUGUUGAGAACCGACUGUACUCAAGAAUAUGGUCAGUUCAACACAUGUUUCGCUGUUAGAAUCCAGUUUUAUGCCUUCGAGAUUGCUAGAAAUAAGCACGGUCUAAAUGAUUGGGCUGUCGGACACUAA